UCUUCACGGUCUGUAAUUUGCAUGACCUCCGCAAUGUCAACCACUAUAAAAUGGAAGCCAAGAAGUACGAGAUGAUGAAUGAUUUGUUUAAGGUUUACUCGAGGUUCAUGAAUUCUACGAAAGGAUUGAAGAGACAUAUGCCACCAGGUAGAGACAAAUUCAACCAUGAUGUGGGGAAGGGUUUGCUGGUUUCGGUAGUGCCGUAGAACAUGCUCGACCUUUAUGACCUCUGCCGAGAGCAUUGAUCAAUUUCCUUUCAUAUGACGUGAGAAGUAACAGAAAAAAAACAGAGUUAAUCUUGAUCAAUCGAGCUUCUGCCGAGAUAAAACGGAGUGAUCCGAAUUUCCAUGGCGCGCCAGUGGCUGCGAAAAUCAGAGCUCAACGAGAAGCUAUGGAAAGGAGACAAAGGAGAAAGUCUACUGGAUUCAUCGGUGGCUGGAGUGAGGACAGCACUGAGUGCUGAAUCGCUUGCUAAAAUUCUCCUCCUCGUUGUGGUCAAUUCCGUCUUUCUACUUGCAGCACUACAUUUGUUAAAUUCUAAGCGCGAGUUUGACAAUCGUGGAGAUCGAAGUAAUUGCGUGACGAAUUACCGUCUCAACAACGUGCAUCCAAUGUCCUUAUCUCUGGAUCAAAACAGGCUCAUUCAAUCCAGCGAAUUCGCCCCGAAGAAUGAAAGCAAUCAGGAAAAUAUUCGGCAAUUCGACACGUUCGGUGUGGCAGUCCAUCUCUUCAUCAAGAUGUCAGCCUACAGAGGAGGUUCAAAUUCCUUCGCUAUCAUCGGCCUUGAGGCAAAGAACCCCGGGGAGCUUUACAACGAUCCUCCCUACGAAUGCGUCUGGAUCCCUGGCCCUGACUCCCUUGUAUGGGCGCCCCUGAAAGGAUCGGCCAUCAAGAUGCUACCGGAUACUGGCAAUGUUUACAGUCGUCUGUACAGCGCCGUGAUCAUCAACUGCACAUUUUCUCAAGAUGUCGGCGUCGACAGAAAAGGUGGCCAGCUUGUGCUUUACGCCAGUUAUGGAGACCAGUAUCCUCGCAACCCUGAACGCAUUGUUGCUCUAACAGAGCAACCAGACGAGUUUCCAGGCGUGGAGUUUUAUGAAUCUUCAGACAUGAAAUACGAUUACGUCUACUGCGGUUCGCCGUUGUUCGGCAACUUGAGUCCACAAAAGAUUCGAGAAUGGAUAGCUUAUCACGCACAUUUCUUCGGUCCAAGAUCGCAUUUCUUCCUCUACGAUGCCGGCGGCGUGCAUGACAACGUUCGCCGCAUGAUUGAACCUUGGAUCAAGGCAGGGCGCGUCACUUUGGACAACAUCCGAGAGCAGGAGAAAUUCGAUGGAUACUAUCACAAUCAGUUUAUGGUGGUGAACGAUUGUUUCCACCGCGCACGGCACCUGGCGCGCUGGAUCUUCUUCUUCGAUGUGGACGAGUUCAUCUGGGCUCCACCGAACGAUAAUUCCUUACCUGCUAUUCUUGCGCGCUACGAAAAUCAAUCCCAGAUCAUCAUCUGGCAGAAACCUAUGUCAAAGAGCCUGUGCGCUCAGGAACAAGGAGAGGCAGGAAAUGACAGCAGCUUUUCACGUUUGCGCAGCAAAUGGACUUUCGAGAAGCUUGUGUUCAAGAGCAUAAAGUGGCGGGAGUCUCACGACUGCAAGUACGCCAUCCAGGGCCAGAAGGCAAUGGGCACGGGGAUUCACCGCUCGGGACACCUCAUCGGCGGCAAUGCGACCACCUACGCGGAUCCGCUGAACUACUACCACUACCACAACACCAUCAACAAGCGAGAUGAGGUUUGCGAGGACUUCAUCGACAAGAGCGUGGUGUAUGUCAAUCCAAGGAACCGAACCGACAUAUACACUCACGACGAUGGCCUGGCAGUGCUCGCCGAUCACAUCAAAGAGUUCGAGCGGGAUGUCAUCGGGCCGCAGUCCUUCAUUCUCUGAAAUCACAGCACUCACAUCGAUUAGCCUGCCAUAGUGACAAAAACCUGUCACGAUACCUCGUAUCGUUUAAAUCAUCAUUUUUUUUGGCCAUGCUCAUAUCCGUUUGCUGCGCAUGACCACUAAUAUCGUGGAGGAAUCGAUAGCCACAGCAAAGAUAAUGUGCUCGCAUUCACUCUCCAAACUCAAGGCAAUAUCUACACCGAAUUUCACAACUAGAUAACUGUAACCCUUCCUCUUCCGAACACCAACUCACAAUCAGAGCAACACACAAUGUCCCCGUUACCUCGAGCAUAUCCGAGCCAAGUGUUGCCACCAUUCACAACCUCGACGCUUGCACUACUUCGCCAUUUCUUCACCUCCCCGCAGUAUUUCUUCCUUCUCCAUGCUCACCACCUCACGGAAUCUCGGAUCAAGCGCGAUGUGCUCUUCUCCCACGCGACGUGAGGAAUGUUGAAUGUGGAAUGUUCCAAAACAUGAAGCGGCGCCGAAUCCCACGGUCUUCUGUCCAUGGUAUAAGGGCCUUCGGAAGUACCCAUGACCGCGACAAUAAAAUUACCCGGUACCAGAUAAUGGGACGUUCUGUUCUGUCCUGUACUGAAAGGAGAAAGUCCAAUUCGAAUGUUGACUUCCUUACUAAUAAGUACAAAAUAUUUACUCCUGGGGGUAAUUGGAACUUGGUCGAAGACCACGUGGGAAUGCCACGUGGUGUAGUUGGAUGACGUCGCAGUACCGAAUAGGCCACGUAGGAUGCACGAAUCUCAUCCUCGACAAGCGCAGAGGUGGUGACGGGGACAGGGGUAGGCCACCUGGCAGAAACGGCGAAGCUGGGGUGGCAGCGUCGGAUGCAUGGGCCUUUGAAUGUCUGAAUUGGAGAGCUCAUUAUUUGGGCGGGGAAUUGUCCAAGUACUAGCACACCCCCCUGGUCUUCCGUAGAGCACGACUCGAAGGAAAGCCGGUGCCGAAUACCCAUCACUGGGGCCAGGCCGGGUCCCGGGGCACCUCGACCCCGCCCGUCCUCCCUCGACCUGACCCAUAAUACCGUCAACAAGGGGGGAUGUGAUUGUGUCCAGUCACGCUAUAACAUCCCCCUUCAUUGAGCCAAUCAGAUCUUUCUUACUAUGUCCUCGACCAUAUUUUCAUAAUACGAUUUUUUUUUUUUUUUUUUGAGUUUUAAACUUUAGGGAGGAAUUUUUUUAACAUUGAUUAAAAUGCAAUGUACACUAUGUUAUAGAAUUUUAUAUUACAAAGAA